GGACUGAGUGCUGCCAGCUGGGCGCAUUGGCCGCUGCUCGAACGCCCGCAUUCGUGGGCUCAGCCGCUUCAAAGCUCUCUCAUAGUAGAGCAUAGAUCGAAACAAGCGCGAAACUGCAGCAACGAGGCUUCAAAUAGCCUCUCAGACUCCACCACUCCGCACCACGCCAGCCGCAGCGUCGCGCCAGGCAACACGACGCGUGCCGCGAUUCUACUCCUCGCACGAGCGAUGGCGUCGCGCGCCCUGAAGCUCGCCGCGCGCAAAGCAGCGACGCCGAAGACGCCGGCUUGGUUCGUCGGCACGGACCCGCUCGGCGACGGCCUCGUCGAGGACCCGCCGACGCGCUCAAAAACGGGCGAGUUCAUCUUUAAUGAUGCCCCCGAUUUUAAGCCCAACCUGUCUCCAGCUGAAGUGCUGCAGGCCGGUAGUUUCGGAGGUGGCUAUUUUCGCGACAUUACGUCCUCCGUAACGAAGACAACCUAUAAAGACGCCUGGAAGGAGUUACCUGCAGAUUGGUUGGAAGGUUUGGAUAUCAAGACGCAAGUAGCGUCGCAGACGUAUCGAACGUCGAUCAAUCGUUAUGGCGUGAACUGCGGCGUGAAGACCGAUAAAUCCGAUAGUUUCGGCCUCAAGGCCUGGGAAGCAAGUGGCUGGAUGGCCGCCCAGGACCCGUACGGGUGGUUCCAGUGGUACUGCCGUUUUUUUCAGGGAAGACGCUCUGAUGAUGACGAGCGCCAACUCAGCCGGUGGAUGAAGUGCUGCGGUCCUAAAGGUAGGUGGAAGUCGAACUUGAUCGGGAAGUGUUUGAGAGAUGGCAAGUCGUAUGACGACGCUUCUGUGUCUCCAGUCGUCCGGCAAACUUUACAGCACUGGGGCUACCGUCUGACGCGGGCGCAUUUUGAUGCUGGAAGCGCUAGGGUCAAGGCGAAGGGCGCCGCUUAUUUGCCGCGGUCCCAAUUACAACACGUGCUGGACAAGAAGCCCGCGGCGGCGGCGCCGGCGCCCAAGAAGCCGCGGGCGCCGCCGCGGAAGCGCGGCGACGACUCCGACGCCGACGAAGCGCCCAAGAAGCCGGCGGCGCGGAAGAAGCGCCGCUGAGUCCUGUCUCCCCUCCCCAGGUAAGGCUUGUUGUUCAA